GACAACCCCAGACGACAACGCACCAGCCACAGCAGCACACUCGCCUUCACGCGCCUGCCUCACUCGCCUCCCUUAACACCUCAACACUGACAACCGACGAUGGCUGACCAGGACCAGUCGACACAGCCGCCAAACCAGCCAGAUGUGGACAUCAUCACUACAGACUCGGAAGUGAAGAAGCCUUCGAAGCCCCGAGUCACUACCCGUUACAUGACAAAGUAUGAGCGUGCCCGCGUACUCGGCGCACGAGCCCUUCAAAUAAGCAUGAACGCGCCGCUCAUGGUCGAGCUUGAGGGCGAGACAGAUCCUCUUCGCAUCGCGCAAAAGGAGCUGCUCGCGGGCAAAAUCCCCAUGAUCAUUCGCCGGUACCUUCCCGACCACACGCCAGAGAACCCAAGUUACGAGGAUUGGGGUGUCAACGAACUGAUUGUGGAGCGCUUGUUCUAG